UUUUGAAAACAAGAAAAACAAAAACAGAUAAACCACCACCAUCUCUUAACUAAAAGCCCAUACUUGUCAUUUACAGAUACUCGCUGCCCUCUCUCUCUGUCUCUCUCUCUCUCUCUCUCUCUCCCUUCCUUUGCUUGACCUUGCUUCAAACCCUAACUCUCAUUAUUUUUAUUUUAAAAUAUUCACAACAAAACAAAACAAAACAAUUCCCAUAUUCAGAAAACAUUUUCUUGGUUUUUGUUUGUUCAGUUUUAUCAAGAAUGGGUGCACCAAACGGAGACCCAGAUCACCUAAGUGGCUGCCGCGGAGGUGAUGGAGCCUGACCCGACAUCUCACAUGCAUUAUGGGGAAGGCUGAGGAUGAGCGAACUCUUGCCGUUAGUGUUGUCAAUGAGAAUGUACAGCAAAAUGUGGACACCAGAUUUGUGUGUAAAGGAUGUUGUUGGAUUUAUAGGCUCAUUGGCUUCAAAUGUUUCUUCAUGCUCUUGUUAUCGCUUGCCGUCUUUCUCUCCGCUUUGUUUUGGUUGCCUCCUUUUCUUCCGUUUUCAGAUCAGAAGGAUCUGGAUCUUUAUUCUAAGUUUAAAGAUCACGGCAUUGUUGCAAGUUUCAAUCUUCAGAAGCCAGUUUCUUUGCUGGAAGACAAUAUCGUACAGCUUGAGUUGGACAUUUAUAACGAGAUCAGUGUUCCAACCAUCAAAGUGGUUAUUUUAUCUCUAGAUCCUGUAGCUGGAUCGAACAUAACGAAGGUGGUGUUUGCGGUUGAUCCAGAUGCAAAAAAUUCAAAAAUUUCUUUAUAUUCUCAAAGCUUGAUCAGGUCAUCAUUUGUAUAUUUGGUUUUAAACCAAUCAUCCCUUCGCCUGACUACAUCCUUGUUUGGGGACCCGUUGUUUUUUGAGGUUUUGAAAUUCCCUGGAGGAAUUACUGUGAUUCCUCUACAGAGUGCGUUUCUUCUGCAGAAAGUGCAAAUCCUUUUCAACUUUACCUUGAACUUCUCUAUUUAUCAAAUACAAGAAAAUUUCAAUGAACUGACAAGCCAGCUGAAGUCAGGAUUACAUCUGGCACCCUAUGAGAAUUUGUAUAUAAGCUUGUUGAAUUCCAAAGGUUCAACAGUGGCUCCCCCCACAAUUGUUCAGUCUUCUGUUGUUUUGGCGGUUGGAAAUACUCCCUCAACCCCAAGGUUGAAGCAGCUCGCUCAGACAAUCACUGGUUCAAAUUCCAAAAACCUUGGCUUAAAUAACACUGUAUUUGGUAGGGUUAAGCAAGUUCGACUUUCAUCUAUCUUGCAACACUCCCUCAAUGGUGGCGAUGGCAGUGCCCCCUCAUCAUCACCUUCUCCAGCUCCUCUACCUCAUUCCCACCAUCACCACCAUCACCACCACCAUCAACACCAUCACCAUCACCACAAUGACCAUCUAGCUCCUGCAACUUCUCCAACACCUGCGACUCAGACAGCUGCACCUCUGCCAGCGCAUGGUUCACCUGCCCCAAUGAAAAAUUCACCUGCACCUCAGAAAAGUCAUGAGGCAAAGCCUCCUGGCUGCCACAGUGCGAAUAAAAGGGGGUCUGCAAAAAAAGGAAGGACACGGUCCCGUUUGGCCCCUACCAUUGCUCCCACUAUUUCUCCUCACCGUUCUGCUGCCUCACCGCAUGCACGUAUAGCUCCACCGAGACCUAUGCCUGCACCUUUCUCCCAUUCACAUCCUGCAUCAAGUCCUUUGCCAAAUGUUGUUUUUGCUCAUGCGAGGCCCCCAUCAAAGAGUGGUUCAGACGUGGAGCAUCAUAACUCAAUGCCGCCAGUGUCACAAUCUCCUUUUUCAUCUUCUGCAGGUGAUACAGCUGUUCAAUUGGCGUUGUCACUCUUGUUAGCUGUUGUAUUACAUUUUUAACAAUGAAGACGAAAUAACCUACUGUCUAGAUAAAAUUGCUUCUCUGGUAUUCGAGGGAAUCAAUUGUAUUUUUCAAAUUUAAAUGGACCGAUAAAUUGGAGGAGCUUUGUAAGUGGGAGCAGCGCAAAGGGCGUGCCUCACAUCUGAGUGGAUAUAUGUUUUUGUGCAUGUAAAUAUUGGAUAAAAAAAAAAAAAAAAAAAAAAAUACAAGCUGG